GAUCUGUGAAGUCAGCUGAAGACAAGCAUUGUUUGCUUCCCAUUCCUUCUAUAGAAUUUCCCCAACAUGGGAAGUCAUUGUUCCAUUCCCUCCUUACCCCUUGUGGAAAAAUUCCAAAUUCAAGGUGGAUUCCAGCACCAGGUGGCAUGGUCUCUUGUCUUUGUACGACCAACCACAGUUUAGGCUUACAGAAAAACAAGAUCAUUUACAGAUCGUCUUGAGCACCAGGCCAUUAGGUUCCUUAUGUACCACUAAUGGCUUUCAGUAGAAAACCUAGAUUAAUCAACAGGUGCACACUACAUAGUUGUAACUUGAAAGACAGGAAUGAAUUGAAUGGGUUCCUCUAUAUCAGCUUCCUGAAAACAUUUCAGGGUGUAGCAGUGCCCCCAGAAUGGAAAUAGCAGCGCCUUUUAAAGUGUAGGUGUCUUGGCAUUUAGCUAUCGGUGCCAGAAGACAGGGUGCCUCACUUUCCCCUUCUACACAGCACAGUAGGUUGUUACACCCUUGCUGCUAUCCCUAGCUUUAAGCCUGUUUACAGCUAUUAGCUUAGAAGCUGCAAGUUCAUGCAAGUCUCUUGUUCCUAACCCUAGCAUAUGUGAAAGCUUUCUCCAAAAAUCAUGCGUGUCACAUUUUGAAGGGGUUUUAUUGUCCGUAUGAGUUCCUUAGUUUUGAUUCAUUGAUGUUGUAAAAAAAGGCAUAAGGUUGCCAGCAACUCUCUGACAGAAUGGCAUUUCCAAGUGUGGUUACCAUACCAUACCCUCUGUUUAAAACAUUUGAGUGAUUUGGUAUUUAUCACCCCUUUCAACCCAUCAUAUACUCGUGUGUAUUUAGCUACAGGUUUUUCUUUUUCUUCAGUAAAAGUUUCCAUUGCACGUACUUGUCUGAGGCUUCAGGGAAGAAAGUUUCCAGUGGAGAUGCACCUCCCCCCAAGGCUAACUUCCUGCAAAGAAUUUACCCUGACCCCAGAAGAGUCUCCAUAAUCCUCAUGUUUAGCUUUCAUCAUGGGGGACAUGAAAACCCCGGACUUCGAUGAUCUUUUGGCUGCUUUUGACAUCCCAGACCCAACUAGCCUUGAUGCCAAGGAGACCAUACAGUCAACUGGUGAAGAAAAUGAAAAUAACUUAAAGCCAUCAGGAAUGUGUAUAGAUGAAAACGUGUCCUUGUCCCACUCGGUGCCAGCUUCUGAUACCCCUGUUGUGAGUGUUAUUGUGAAGAACACAAGUCGUCAGGAAUCCUUUGAAACAGAGAAGGAAGGGAACCACCUUGGAGCUGGUCUGUUACACAAUGGGUUCCGUGGGUCUGAUCUGCCCUCAGAGGCUCACAACUUGGUGCACAAUUAUGGGAAAUUUGAUUCUGCUUUUAUUAAUGGUGAUAGUUCAAAAAACUAUUCUGAAAAACUGGACCAAUCGAAGUCAGAACCUUUACCUACAUUCAGUCAGUUCAGCCCUAUCUCCAGCCCUGAACCAGAGGAUGCUUUCAAAGAGAACAGUAUUGGCAAUAAACCAAAACUUGCCCAAACUCCAUAUUUCCCACCAACUCCAAUGUAUAUUCCAAAUUCAACCGCAGUUCUAGAUUCACUUAAGAAGUUACCAGAGCCAGAAUUAAGUAUGUUUGAUCAGUAUAGUAAAAAAGAACGAAAGAUGGAGAUUCAUACCCAGCAAGAAAGCAGGCUGGAAUUGAGCAGAAGGGAACAAGACAGAGUAGCAGAGAAGUUUGUAGAAUCCCGCAAAGAUCUGGUGGAUACCAGCAACUUCCUUGGGGAAGGUGUGGCAUUUGGAAGUUUCCACAACAAUAACUUUAAAGAAAGCAGAGGGUCUAUGGCUGAAGUGAACUUUUCUUCAUCAGUCCCACCUCGCCAGCGUCUAAAGCCAGCUCACUCAAAAUUGUCAUCUUGUGUUGCUGCAUUAGUAGCGCUUCAGGCCAAAAAAGUUGCGUGUAUUCCAAAAGAAGAUCAAACAAGUCUCACGAAAGAAUCUUCUGGCCAUUUUAAAGAUGGCAUGAAAGGAAGUCCCAAAAUGCCUAAGUCACCAAAGAGCCCAAGAAGCCCCUUAGAGGUGGUAAAAAAGGCCAACAAGCAGCCUGAGAGUCCUCGGAGUGUAUGCAGUGAUAGUAGUGGAAAAGGCUCUCCCUCCAUGGCUGCUGGCUCUCCCCCAGCCAUUCCCAAAGUUAGAAUAAAAACUAUUAAGAUGUCUUCUGGUGAAAUUAAAAGAACUGUUACUAGAAUCUUGCCAGAAGUUGAAGAGUUGGGCAAAUCCCCUGAGGAGUCAUCUGCAGAAGGUUCAGCCAUGGAAGAAUUUAUUAAGGCCUUCCCUUCACCUGAUACUAGUGCAGUUACGGAAAAUGAGGCAAGUACAGGGACCACCAAAAAUGCAGCUGCCACAGCUAUUCAGGUGUCAAAUGUUGCGAGCCCAUGUAUAGAUGAUAUGAAGACAGAUACUACUGAAAACAGCACGCCCAAUGUGUCUUUGUCUCCACUGCCAAACUGUGGCAGUGAUGCCAUAAAAAUAGGCAAUAUAGGUCAGCAGCUCAACAAGAGGCAGCAGCAGGGCACUGUGACGCAGCCUUCUAACCCCACAACCUCCACCCUACUUCCCAAGGCCGUACAUCUGGCAAAUCUCAACUUAGUUCCACACAGUGUUGCUGCUUCUGUCACAGCAAAAUCCUCUGUGCAAAAGCGAAGUCAGCCUCCGCUAACUCAAAUGUCAGUGCCACUGGUGCAUCAAGUAAAGAAAGCUGCUCCUGUAAUUGUGGAGGCAUUUAACAAACUACUAAAUAGUAACAAUCUUGUGCCAGUGUAUUCUCCAAACCUCAGCCCACCUCCUGACACCAGUAUUCAGUUACCUGCAUCUGGGUAUUGCUGCCUGGAAUGUGGAGAUUCAUUUGCCUUAGAAAAAAGCCUAACUCAACACUAUAGCAGGCGAAGUGUCCACAUUGAAGUCAUGUGUACUCAGUGUUCAACUCUGCUGCUGUUCUUUAACCGGUGUAGUUUGCUUAGACAUGCAAGAGAGCACAAGAGCAAAGGACUGAUUAUGCAAUGUUCUCAGCUGUUAAUGAAACCAAUUUCCUUAGAUGAAAUGCUCUCACCUUCUCCUACAAACUCUUCAGUGUCUUUGGCUCCUCAGACUUCGCAUUUUCCAUCUUCUUUAUGUAAACCCAGUGCUGCAUCAGGGAGUGGGACAGGAAUCUCUACCGUCGCUUACCCAGCCAUGCCUCUGUAUGCAGACCCAUUGAGACUAAUCCGCCAGGGACUAAAGUGUCUUGAAUGUAACAAGCAGGCCCAGGAUUAUGUUGCUCUUGCAGCACACUACCAGAGAACCUCAGAAGAUAAUGAGGGACUGACUUGUCAAGUGUGCCAGAUGAUGCUGCCUAACCAGUGCUGCUACUGUGCUCAUCAAAGAAUCCAUACUCACAAGUCCCCCUACUGCUGCCCAGAGUGUGGAACGUUGUGCCGAUCAGCCUAUUUCCAAACCCAUGUCAAGGAGAAUUGCCUACAUUACUCUCGCAAAGUUGGCUACAGGUGUAUCCACUGUGGCGUUGUCUUUAUGUCGCUAGCUAUGCUGAAAGUGCACAUUCACGAGAAACACUGCGAAGUCUUCCACAAAUGUUCUUUCUGUCCAAUGGCCUUCAAAUCUGCAGACAGCACCACUGCUCAUAUUACUAGCCAGCAUCCAGAAGAGCCUCACAAGACUACUCAGGUUAUCUACAAAUGUUCUUGUGAGACUGUCUUUAACAAGAAGAAGCUGCUCCAAGAGCACUUCCAGCAGAAUGCCAACAAGCUGUUGGUGGGAGUAUUUAAGUGUCCGCAGUGUCAAUUAGUGUAUAUGCAGAAACAGCAGUUAAUGCAGCAUGUCAAGGCUGUUCAUGGGGUCCCCCCAAAUCCUGAGGAUGUCUCUAACCUUCGGCAGAAGCCCGAGACAACAUCUAGCAGCCAGGUUGUUACACCACCAAAGGAGUUGUCAGUAGCCAAUGGUACUUCCCAUACCUCUUCGCCAAGGAAGGACACAAGGGCAGAAGACAACUCAGAAUCAAAACUCAAUGUGAAAAGUGCUGGUUGGACUUGUAGGGAGUGUUCUCAGUGGAACCCUGAUCGGGAAAACUAUGUAUCCCAUAUGAAGAAAAGCCAUGGAAAGUCCGUGAAGAGAUAUCCCUGUCGGCAGUGUGAGCAUUCGUUCAACGAUUUCAGCAGUCUGCGCAGACACAUUCGCAAUAAUCAUGACACAGCAAAGAAAGUUUACACUUGCAUGUACUGCACAGAUGAAAAUCAAACAUUUCCUCAGCCUUCCAUGCUGGAAAAUCACAUCAAUCUCAUGCAUGGCAUUAAAAACCCGGACCUGUCCCAGAUGUCCAAUGAAAAAGCUCCGGGGAGUAACUCAACAAAAGAAAAAUCUCCAAAGAGAAUGUCUGCAGAUGUUCCGGGACAGAUGGAAACCACUGAAGCACCACCAGCCAAAAAACUGAAGGCACAUUGGAAGUGUGCAAAAUGUGGAUUUGCAACAUAUAUUGGUACUGAAUUUCAGGGACACAUACCUCAGCACAAGACAGACAGCUCCACUUAUCAAUGCUCGCUCUGUGGCUUGUGUUACACAUCUCACAUCUCUCUGAACAGGCACCUCUUCAUUGUUCAUAAAGUAAAAGAGGAAGAGGAAAGGGAAAAGUUACAAACAGAGACAAAUGAGAAUGGACAUGAAGAGUAUGAUAGAGAGACGAACACUACAGUGAAGGAAGGAAAUAGUUGGAAAUGCAAAAUGUGCAAGAGUGACUCCGUUCUUUGUGCACACAGUCGGAGGUGUGGCACGCAGGAUUCCAGUAGCCGUUCUCAGAACAACCAUUCAAAUGCUACUAAGAUUUAAGAAAAGAACAAUUUUUACAAAAUAUUGGGUGGGAAUGGGGCAGAUCUUUUGUUCUUGAGCUUGGACUGUAUUUUCCAUUCACUUUUAAUUUGUAAGGGAAACUGCUUCUACAUCCAUAGCACUGAAUCUCUGCCAGAUCCGAGGUGAAAAGGGAAAACAGGACAAGAAUCCCCCCUGGAAUUUGUCUAACUCCUAAGGAUGAAGGAGCAUGUUCUGAGGCUGCAGUUUUCUUUCUGAAAAUGCACUCUUCCUUUAAGUGUGCAUUGCCUCUGCCUGGAGCCCAGCCUUGCUGCCUCUUUUAAAAAAGAAAAAAAAAAGAAAAAAAAAGUUUUCUUCUAGUAUUUAUGGCUCAUAGUCCCCUACCACUCGAAUUCAUAAGACUGUGUAUCAACCAAAUACAUUUGUCAGCACAGUACAAAUCUGCUUUAAAUCCUCUUCUGUCGUGCCGCAUAUGCAAACGCCUGGUUUUGUAUAGACUGCACAGUGCUGUUUCAUUGCACAAGGAGUAUGCCUGGUUCAUCUUCUAGUUUUUCCAUGAAUGUUAUUGAAUCAAGUUAUGUUAUAAAUUUAAAUCACCAGAGAAGAGAGGGGUUUUUGCAACCUGUGUCAUCUUUUUAAUGGUAUGAAUAUUGCUAACUCAACUGCUUUUAAGUGAUCAAAGCACAAGACCUCACACAUCAACAAAGGCCUAAUCUACACUGGAGUUGCCACGGUAAAGCCUUUGGUGGCCAACCACCAAUGUAGCUGCACUGCUGCAAACCCUGCUGCAGGCAGAGCCAAUGUAAGCUUUUGCACAUAUUGCAGCCCAUAACAGCUUUGCUAGACUGCACUCGGGAGGAUGUACCAGUGCUCCAAGAACUGAAAUCCCUGGGAUGGACAAAUAUAAUAUGGCUGUAUCCGCUGGAGGGAGGGGAUGGUGUGUGUGUGUGUGUGUGUGUGUGUGUGUGUGUGUGUGUAAAAAAUAUUUAAAAAAAUCAGUGUUGAGCAGUCUGCGGCCCAUCAGGGUAAGCUGCUGGAGGGCUGCAACACAGUUUGUUUACAGUGAAUGUCUGCAGGCAUGGCCUCCUGUAGCUCCCAGUGGCUGCAGUUCAUGGUUUCCGGCCAGUAGGAAUUGUGGGAAGUAGUGACCAGCAAGUCCCAGUGGCCUGCUGCUUCCUGCAGCUCCCAUUGGCCAAGAGCAGUGAGCCGUGACCACUGGGAGCCGCAGGGGGGGGCUAUGCCUGCAGAAGCUCAACGUAAACUGCCUUGAGGCCUUCCAGUGGCUUACCCUGACGAGCCGUAGGUUGCUCACCACUGGUCUAUACACUUUGUCCAAGAACCAAAACUCUACAAACGAAAUUUACUUAACCUGCUCUAGUUCAUUAGAUCCCUGUUUGGGAGCAAAUGAUACUAAAGCAGAUAGUGUGGUUACAGUAAGAAAAGUCAGUCUGUUAACAGCACUGUGAUUUAGCCAAAUGCUGCACAGCAGUCUGGGAGCACAUGACCAGGCAAGGAAGCGGGUGACAUCUAUGAAAGGUGUUUGAAGGAAAAGCACCGUACUGCUUCCAAAACUCUAGCUCCUUUGAUAGCAGAUCUCCCAUCCUGACUCAGUUUUAUAAGUUACUUUGGAGACUUUCUUUCCAUAGAGUCAUAUUGACUCUUCCCUGUUCAUGCUGUUCCUCAUCUGUUCACGUCAUGUGCUUUGUGUAAUAUAAUUACUUCAAUACAGUUUUUAUGUUGAGACAGACUCCUGCUCAUUGUUUACUAUGACGUUUAAAUAAUUUAAAGACUAUUUAUCUUAUUGAAUUGCUUACUUUCUUGUCUUGAUGUGUUUUGAUACAAACCGUUUGGAACUCUUUGUAUUUUUUGAUACUGUGUACAUUAGCCUAGGGAAUGUUUUACAAGGUAGCCUAUGUAGAGUAACAAUAGCAGGGGAUGACUCCCAAGCCAUCACAUAUCUAGUUAAUCUGCAGUGGCAUUUGUGCCUUGCUAUAGUGUUUACUUCAACCUAUUUCAAAUAAAAUCAUCCAACAAUG